AUUUGCUUAUCUUGCUGCAAAGACAGCGCGUGUCGGCCACCAGUCACCGCGCAAGAAGAGCUCAGCAAGCAAGUCUCAGUCGCUCCAAGUUCUAGCGCCAAUGCAGACAUCAUGAUAUGCUUCUUACUGUCUUUAUUUUCACAAAUCUUCCAGUCAGGCUGGACAGGUGUGAACGAGCGCACCUUUAUUGCUAUAAAACCCGACGCCGUGCAGCGGAAGCUGGUGGGCCAAAUCAUACAGCGCUUCGAGAAGAAAGGCUUUAAACUUGUGGCACUCAAACUUGUUCAGGCGUCAGAAGAUCUUCUUCUGGACCACUAUUGGGAUCUAAGGAACAAGACUUUCUUCAGUGAACUGAUCCACUACAUGAGGUCUGGCCCAGUUGUUGCCAUGGUGUGGCAGGGUCUCAAUGUGGUCAAGACUGCACGCGUGAUUUUGGGCGAGACCAACCCGGCUGACUCUCUUCCUGGGACCAUUCGCGGAGAUUACUGCGUGGAUGUUGGAAAAAAUGUAAUCCAUGGCAGCGACUCUGUUCAAAGCGCUCAGAAGGAAAUCUUCUUGUGGUUCAAGCACGGGGAACUCCAGCUGUGGGAGCACCACAGCACGCCGUGGAUCUACUGAUGAUGACGACUCGGCUAUGGCGUGGCUUGCAUGUUCUGAUGUCAGAGCAGGUGUACUGGCUGCUCAACUAAAUCGUGUAACUGUUUACGACAAGUACAAUUUUGAGCGGGAAGAAAGAAGCUGAGGUAUGACUUAAAUUGCAUAGUUGUUAAUAUAUGAAAGGCAACAAGAAAUUCCUCAAAAAUGCUGUAAUGUUGAACGAGAAUUUUGUGUGACAAGUGGCUCUCUGGAAAAAAAAAAAAUUGUUUCAAAAAUAUUGAACGAGUCAUAGUUUGACUCCUGAUUUUGCUUACCAGAAAAGUGAGAAAAGAAAAUGCAAUAACGUCAUUAAAGCUUGUUCUAUAA